AAAACUAGAGUUAGAGUUAAAUAAAAAAAAAUUUAAAGAGGAGAGCAUAAAAAAAAUGUUAUAUAAUGUGAAAAUACUUCAAUGCCAUUUUUCUGCAUGGCAUCGUUUAGUGGUUAAAAGGCGAAUAGGCAUUCUGUUAUUAACCCAGAAUAUCAAUUACAAGUGUAUGUUGCGAACAUGGGAAGCAUGGAGAGCUUAUGUUUCUUGGAUGAAAUUCAGCACUGAUUCUCAAAACACUAAAGAAUUGUUAUCGAAUAUACAGAGAAAAUCACAGUUGGCUAUGAAGCAUCAUUCACAAAGACUGGUUCGAAAUUGUUUUUUAUCGUGGUUAAGCUAUACUAGGCUUUUUUUACAAAAAAAGCGUCUGCUACAAGAACAUAAAAAAAAUGCAGAAAAGAUGGCAAUUUUUUUUGAGGCAGCUUCAAAUAAUUUUUUUCAUGAUAAAGCUAAUGUUGGUGAAAACUUUGAUAGACCUAAUUCGCUUCACAUCAAUGAGUUUGAAGAUAAAAAUAGAAACACUGUUCUCCAAAAUAUUGAGUUACAGAAUAAACUAGCACUAUCAAACAAAGCAAGUCAAGCUAGUAAAAAUUUAUACAGCAACAAAGAAUUAUUGAAUUCUGAAAAAAAAGAGACUGAAAAAGAUAUUCAAACACAAGAAAUUAUAAAAAACAACCAGUUUGUAAGCAAAGAAUUGAAACAGUCUGUUCCAAAUGAAAUGCAAAAACAAAAGUUUAUUAAAACAAUCCAAAAAAACAAUAAUGUAAAUCGCCCAUUUCAUUCGAAUCGUUCAGAGAAUUAUUUGAACAAGCAAUCAAGCACUCUUAUUAAAGCAAUGGAAGAACGAGAAAAAAAAAGAAAAGAACUUAAAGAACUUGUUGAAGCUGAAAAGAGAAAAAAAGAAGAAGACAGACUGAAAGAACUGCGUCGUCAACAAGAGGAACGAGAACUUGAAGAACAGAGAGAAAAACAAGAAAGAUUGCGAAUCAAAAAUGAGGAAAAAAAACUUAAACUUCAGAGAGAAAAAGAAAAAGUUUUACGAAUCGAACAACAUCGCUUUAAAAAUGAACUAGCUAUAAAUCACUUUAAUAAGGUACUUCUCCGUAAAUACGGGCUUCAGCCAUUAAAAAAUAUUGUUGCAGUUACUCAAAAAAAUAUUGAAAUUAGCUGUAAACACAGAAGUAUUACAUUGCUUAGGCUUGUGAUGAAUAAAUGGUUCAGCUAUGCAAAGACUAAAGUUCUUGAUCGAGUGACAAUGGCUGACCAAUUCUAUAAUAAAUUAUUGUUAAAAAGAGGUGUGAAUUCCUUAUUAAAGGCAUGUUUUUAUCAUCAAAGAAAAAUGGAUAUAGCUGCAAAUUUCUCUUGUGUACGAAUCAUGAAGUAUACUUUUAAAUUGUGGCAAACCUUUGUUACUGAUGAGCGAAUACUAAUGUGGGCCAAAGAAAGUUCUGCAAUUGAUCAAAAUACUCAACGUUUACUUAAAAAAUAUUUUACGGCUUGGAUCACAUACGUAAAGUUUCAAGCAAAUGAACGCCAAAGGGAAAUCGGUCGCGAACUUCUCAGAAAAAAAGUGCAAUUGUGGUUGCCGGACUAUUUUGGAAAAACACAACAAGAAGAAAAUGAUUUUGGGAAAAAGCAAUAUGAAGAGUGUAUAAGGGAUUUCUAAAUACUUAAAAGUACUGAUUGGUUACUUUUAGAAAUAUUUUUCAAAUCCUAAUGCAUUAAUCUAUACAAUACAUCCGGUAUACAACAAUAUAUACAAUUAUAUACAAAAUAACUUUGCAAUAUUUUCAUUCUAAAUAUAUUAGCAAUGUUUCGAUAUGUAAAUGAUAACAAAACGUAACAAUUCGGUAAA